UACAAAUGAUAUCAACACUAAAUACACACAUGCAGGGCAAUCGCCCUGCUACAGUCCUGGAAAACUGAGUCGUGGAACUAUCAUAAGAUUACAGAUGCCAUAGUAACUCUAACGAAUAAGCAGUUGCAUCAAUUCAAAACAUAUCUAGGCAUACUUUAGCUUGUAUUGGCGCACAGCGCCAACAUCAGAGUCCAGGGAAGGUCAAUUCAGUGCAGGUUGAAAACAUCAAUAACUGCGCCGCUUGAUCACACUCGGUUCAAAUCGUCAAGGACAGAAACUGCGAUGUGAGAAGAGUGAGCGAGGAGGUCAGGAAGCCAGUGCAAGUUUAAAGUGGAGUGGAAAGAAGAGCAUCUGUUCAGAGACUGGAUAGGGGAAGUAUCAGGAGAUGUGCACAGGGCAUAUUGCAAGUUUUGUAGUAAGUCCUUUGUCGGUAAUAUGGGCAUCUCAGCACUCGAGCCAUGCACGAGGCCAGGGACAUCUGAAAGUAGCAGGACAGUUACAAAAUGAGCCUUGCAUGACACAUUUUAUGAGAAGGCCAUCUGAGACAGCAGUUGAGGCAAGUGGCAGUCAGGGACGAAGCACAGGACCACAAACGACCAAUGCAGAGGAGGAAAGUGUCAGUCAGGGAAGAAGCAGAGCAGGACUACAAACAUCAAAUGCAGGUGCCAGUGAGGGAACAAGCUCAGGACCACAAUGGUCUUCCUCAGUUUCAACUUUUUUUUCGAACGAAGCUGUACUUGAAGCAGAGAUCCGCUGGGUUAUCAAAAUGGUGAUGUCACACUACUCCUUCAAUUCAUGCACAGAUGUGGCUGACGUUUUUGGAAAAAUUUUUCCAGACACUGAAAUUGCAAGGAAAUUUUCGUGUGGUGCAACGAAAGCAGCCUACCUUGUAUGUUUUGGUUUGUCACCAUAUUUCAAAGAGAAGCUAAUCAAGGACAUAAGAAUGUCAAAGUGCUAUGUUAUCUCUUGAUGAAUGCUUAAACAAAGUAGCACAGACAGAACAGAUGGAUGUGGUCGUUCGAUAUUGGCGUGAGGAUGAGUGCAAGGUUGUGGUGCAUUAUCUUGACUCAGAGUUUUUGGGACACACUCAAGCAGAGCGUCUCCUUGAGAAAAUCAAAAUACAUUUAUCUCCUCUUGAUCCCAAGAAGCUCCUUCAAAUCUCCAUGGAUGGCCCAAAGGUCAACUGGAAGUUUCUGCGAAUAUUUGAAGAGGAGAGAAGAUAAAUGGACCCAAAUCUACCACAUCUGCUCAACCUGGGAAGCUGUGGUCUGCAUGUUGUUCAUGGCAGUUUUCAACAGGGUGAGAAAGAGACUGGUUCGAAACUGGGAGAAACACUGAGAGCCCUGUGGCAGCUCUUUCACGACACACCGGCCAGAUGAGACAAUUUUGCUGACUUGACGAAAACAACAACAUUUCCUCUGAAGUUUUGUGCCCACAGAUGGAUGGAAGAUCUGCAAGUUGCAAAGCGUGCAAUUGAGAGAUGGCCAGCUGUACUCCAGUACAUUGACAGCCAAAAGAAACUUCCUAAAAGCAAAGUUCCAACCUCAGUGUCCUGCACUUUGGUGAAAGAGGCAGCUGCUGAUCCACUCUUCAAGGCAAAACUGCAUUUUUUUGCAUUUGUUGCAAGACAGCUGAAACCAUUUCUGGAAACCUUUCAGACAGAUGCACCAAUGGUGCCCUUUUUGGCAGAAGAGCUGCAGUCUACUCUGAUGAUCCUGCUGUCUUGUUUCAUCAAGAGAGACGUCCUGGAGAACACAAAGACAGUCCUCCAGAUGCUCAAACUUGACGCACUGGACAAAACACUGCAUGUACCACUCAAACAGCUUGACAUCGGCUUUGCCACCAAACAAGCUCUGGAUAAAGCAUCACAGAAACUUCAAGCAAAUGCACUGAGGGGACAAGAGUUCAAGAAGGAAUGCAUCACCUUCCUCGCGACAACCAGCAAAAAGCUGUUGGAGAGAAGCCCUCUGAUGUAUCCUGUGGUAAGACUUCUAAGCUCCCUUGACCUGGUUGAGAACCUAAAGGAGAGGAGUCUUAUUUCACUCUGCUUGGUCCAGGAUUCUCUGGUUGGACGUCCCAUGGAAGAUGCCAUUCCAAAAGCCCUUGUUCAACAUGCCAAGGCGGCAAGGAUGAGAUAUGUACAGUACCUAGAGAAUGAGAAGAAAAAAAAAGUUGCAACAGAGAAUGACAGGAAAAGAAAGGAGCUAAUGUCUGACAUAGCACACCAGACAGCGAAGAGGCAGAAGAUUAUCAACAGCAUUGAAGUAAUGCAGAGAGAGGCGGAUUAAAUGGCAGAAAAGGCAGAGAAGAAGCAAGAUUUCACACUACUCUCAAAGUCAAACACCUACCGGAAGAGUGUCACAGAGAAGAAGUCAGGUGACAGCUCUGGACCAGAGUCUUGCACAGUUAAAAGAGAAAGUGAAACAAUUGAAGUAAAGAGACUAAAAGGUGUUUUUGUUUUUGACAGAGAAAUAGCUGUGUGAAUAUGUUAUAUUGAGUGACUGAACGUGAAUAACGUAUUCCAUAUCUGUCCUAAAGUACUUAUUUUUGUUGUUUCAUUUCAGUUCAAGUUAUGACAUUGGAUGUGCUUUUCAUGUUUCUACUAUUCUCCACUCCUUGUUCUGGAGAGGUGCAGCAUGUGCAAGAUUUUGUUUUGGUGACAAAGGUCGUCUUGCUGAUUAAUUGAUCAGGUGUGUUAAUGGUGGGCUGUAUAGAGAGCCUGCACACACUGCAGCUCUUCAAGACAUGAAGUGAAGAAUACUAACCUAGUGAAAAGUCUGGGUGGAAGAUAUUAAAGUAGCCUAAUAAAGAAACAAGAUGAUCAAUACUGAAGUUUAAAAACAUGAAGAACACAAGCCUAUUAGUAAAUCUUUAGAUAUUAUAGUAGUAAAGAAAAGGGAGGGUCAAUAUUGCUGUUUGAAAAUGGGUUCAUUGAUAGGUUUAGAGAUUGAUUAGCACCAACUUGGUGCUGGUGUGUGUAGGGACAGUCCAUAGCCUUGAGCUGUUCCCUUAGUUGCCCUGUAGGCAAGCACCAGGGUCUUGAAUCUGAUGCACCCUGUCACCAGAGGCCAGUGGAGAGGUGUGACAUGACAAUGUUUUUACACAUGAGGUACCUACUGAGGCUGUGUGGCAGCCAAUCAUUGAUAGUAAUUGCGUGUUUCGCCACUCAGUGAGUAAUGUCUCCCUAUUUAUUGUAAAAUGUAAUUGAAAAUGUCCUGAACAAUUAUUUCUUGAAAAGAGUGGGAACCCUGACCUGCCAUGACCCCUAUUACCUAUUACUGACCCCUAUUACUGCCUGGAUUUAUUACAGUAGGCUUGUUUGACAUUAUCAUAAACUGCCCAGGUGAUAUUAAGAGACUUUGUAUCUGUACUGCAAAGUAGAGGAUUGUUCCUUUCUCUAGUUAACAGACCCAUUGACCAUGUUUUUCAAAACGGUAACUAUGCAAGUAUCAUAAAUAUAUGUGCAUGUAAAAAUGAACUGACACAUUCCUCUAGAUAACCUCAAUAACAUAAAGAAUGUCUCAACUAAGUUGUAUCUCAAUGGGAUGAACAGUGAAAUAUCUUUAUUAGAACCUCCUGCCAAUGCUUCUCCUUCAGUCCACUUUAACAAAUAGAUAUGUCUUAUUGAUUCUGUUCUUUGAUCUCUGUAUGCUGCUGAUUAAGUUUGAACCGCACUUGUUUUUAUUGUGUUGCUUGUACAUUGCAAUUGUCUUUAAUUGUUUUCCAGAACCCCCUUGUAAAUGAGGCCUCAGUCUCAAUGGGUAAAUCCCCUGGUGAAAUUAAUAACAUGAAGAAAAUUAGCCAUAACAUGUGAACGAAACAUAAAUAAUGCUUGUCAGGUGUGUUAUGGGAUAAUCAAAUAAUCUGAAAGUUUAUCAAAUAAAAAAUAAAUAAAUACAGUUCUAUAGAUAUAAGAAAUGCAAUUGUAACAUUUAAAUUUUUAAAGACAGAUGGGCAUCUCCAGAUUAUGACACUCAAUAUACAGUACGUUGCUUGUGCUAAAGAAUGUCCAAACCAAGUUUCAUUGCUAUUGGAUCUGUGCCGCUCUCUCUAUAUCUAAGUA